UUUGGAUGGACGUCAUUGCCCGUUGGUACUGUUCGCCAGCGAAGAGAAACCCCCGCCGAACCAUCGUGCGAUCGAAGCCCCCCUUCCCGAAUCCCCCGGCGUACCCCCACGAUCCCUAACCCUAGCCCUUGCGGCGGCACCCUCAAGCGGGGGUGCCUCGCAAUCUUGUGGCCGCGCCUCCUCCGGAGGCCGCCGUUGCCUCCCGCGAGAACCAUGAAGGGCCUCUUCAAGUCGAAGCCGCGGACCCCCGCCGACGUCGUGCGGCAGGCGCGAGACCUCCUCGUGUACGUUGACCUCAACUGGAACUCCCAGGACGCCAAGCGGCAGGAGAAGAUGGCAGAAUUAUGUAAAAAUUUACGGGAGCUGAAGUUUAUUCUUUAUGGCAACAGCGAAUCGGAGCCAAUUGCCGAAGCUUGUGCGCAAUUAACUCAGGAGUUCUUUAGAGAGAACACCCUACGUCUACUAAUAAUUUGUCUCCCAAAGUUCAAUUUAGAAGGUCGUAAAGAUGCUACUCAAGUUGUGGCAAAUUUGCAAAGGCAACAGGUCCAUUCACGAUUGAUUGCAUCUGAGUAUUUGGAAGCUAACAAAGAUCUCUUAGAUCUUUUGAUUUCUGGGUAUGAAGACAUGGACAUCGCUUUACAUUAUGGAGCCAUGCUCAGAGAAUGCAUUCGGCAUCAAAGUAUAGCAAGGUAUGUUUUGGAGUCCGAUCACAUGAAGAAAUUCUUUGAUUUUAUCCAGCUUCCGAAUUUUGACAUAGCAUCGGAUGCUUAUGCAACUUUUAAGGAGCUAAUGACAAGGCACAAAUCAACUGUUGCAGAAUAUCUCUCUAAAAAUUAUGAAUGGUUUUUCACAGAAUUUAACUCAAGAUUGCUGUCAUCUCCCAAUUACAUUACAAGAAGGCAAGCUGUCAAGCUUUUGGGUGAUAUGUUACUGGAUCGGUCAAAUUCUGCAGUUAUGGUCCGCUAUGUUAGCUCAAAGGACAAUCUUAUGAUUCUGAUGAAUCUCCUCAGGGAAUCAAGUAAGAAUAUCCAAAUAGAAGCAUUCCAUGUAUUUAAGUUAUUUGUUGCUAAUCAAAAUAAGCCUCCUGAGAUAAUAAGCAUAUUGACAACAAACAAAAAGAAGCUUCUUCGCUUACUCCAAGAUAUCAAGUUGGACAAAGAAGAUGAGCAAUUUGAAGGAGACAAAGCUCAAGUUAUCAGGGAGAUAGAAGCUCUUAACUAAGAGAGUACCUUUUGAUAGGGUUCUUCACAUGCUGUGUCAUCUUUCAAACUCUACUUGUGAUGUUAAUAACUCAGGUUUGAACCAUAUUGCUUUCAUGAUCGCCUUCAUGGUA